AUGAGUGAUUAAGGAAGCUAUUAAGAUUUGUUUGAGGCUCUUAGAUAUAAACCAGAUCUAAUUAAAAAAUAGGUAGAAGCCUUAUAAUCUAAAGAUUCUACAAUGAAAUGGAGGUUGUAAUGUGAUGAAAAGUAUAGAACAUAGGUCAUGAACAUGGAACAAUAUUACAAUUAAAAUAGAUAUAGGAUGCAAAGAUGUAUCAAUAAGAAAAAUAUUGAGUAUUCUAAAAAUAGAAUAAUCAGAUAAUAUUCAAAUAAUCAAGUAGAAUUAUCAAUUAGCAAUAGCUACCAGCUUGAUUCUUAAAUAAGCUAAACAAAAAAUUAAAAAUGUCAAGAAAAUCGUAAUUCAAAAUCUAAAAAAUCUCUGAUAAAGAAGUUAGAUAAAAUACAAACAGUGGGUUAAGACUUUGUAAAUGGAAUCGGAUAAUAAAACAAAUCUAGAAAGAUAAGUGAUGGAUAAAUUACAGGUUAAGAUAAUUCUUUAAUAAGGAGUAAGUUUAACUAUUAAAAAUACUAUUAAGAUAAGGAAGUUUCUCAUGGAGUUUAAGCAUUAAGACAUAGGACUUAGAGAAGUUAAAAUGAUUCAAAGUCUUUUUCAUUGGUUGAUUUAACAAACUAAUUGAAUUUAAAAACGGAAAGGAGCUAAGAAUAGGUUGAUGCUUUUAAUGUUAAAAGUUUAAAGUAGAGCUAAGUAACUUAUUUAGUCUAAAAUGAAAAAGAAAAAUAAUAGUAAGAAGAAUAUUAAAUGCAUUUGAAUGAGAGAGAUAAAUUUUAAACACAAACAAAUUUUACAAUUAAAACUUUUUACAAGGUUUAAGAAAAGAAAAAUGAAAAGGAUUUAGCAAAAUAAAAUGAAUAAAAAAGAUAGAAUAUUUAGAAGACUCCUCUUACUUAAAGAGGUAAUAAAAAUAAAUAGGAUGCUUAAUUAUCACCUUUAAAUUUGUAUUAAAUCUUAAAAAAUCCAAAUUAAGAAGGCUCUCAGAUCUAAAAUAAAAAAAUCUAACAACCAAAUUAGUAAACUUUAUCCAUUUCUUAGCAAACUACUCCUAGAGUUUCCCUAAAAGAAAUUGAAUAAUAAACUCAGAGAUAGUCAGAUCAUAAUUUAACUUUAAUUCCUCACCUUAAAUUACCCUCUGAUAGAAAUUCUCAUUCUGAAUCUAAGCAGAAUCGUACCUAAUAAAAUUUACCUAAAAUAGGCAGUAUUAACUAGCAUUUGAAUAUAAAAAUAAAUUUAAAUACAGAUUAAAAUUUACUCAAUUUACCCUCUCCUCCUACUUUAAGUGGUAAAAAAACUUGGACAGACCACCAGCUGCCAGUUAGUAUAACAAGCAGCAAAGAAAAUUUUUAGACUUUUUAACAUUUUGAUGACAAUAAUGACUGGGAAUUAGCUUAAAAUUUUUCAAUCCCUGACGCAAUAAAUUAAUAUUACAGUAAAGCUGGGCAUCCUUAAAAAUAAAGCAGAAUCUUGACUCAUUAGGAUUAAGUAUUGAAUUAGAUAAAAAAUACAACAUCAAAUUAAAAGUUAAACGAAAAUUAUGAUGAGGAAUGUUAAAUAUCCUUCUAAGCUAUUGAGAGAUAAGAUCAAUCCCAGAUUAAGUUAGCAGGCAUUAAAGAAAAAUCUGUAAACAGUCUUAAUGAAUCUCAGAAAUCAGAAAGAAUUUCAGAGAGUAUUUAGCAGUUUAAAAGUAAUACAUCUCUUUAAAAGAAAGAGACAUACAGAGACUGCACUCCUACUUCUAAUUAAGAAAAAUGGAUAAGCAAAUAGCUCCCAUUUUAAAACAUAACUUACGAGUUGUUUCCUUAAAAUAAAAAAAAUUAGCAUAACAACAAUAUUGUAGGAAAAGAAGAAUAAAACACAUUUCAUUAAUAAGCAAGUUAAAUGAAUAUUAGAUAAAUGGGUUAAGUUAGUAUGAAAAAUAGUAACAAAGUUGAGGCAAAAUAAAUCAGUUAAAAUGAAGCUAAGUAAACAACUUAAGUGCACAGUAACUGUAGUUCCCCAAAACAAAUCAAUUAAAGUUCAUUAUCAUAUUCUUAAAGUUAGGGUAGCACAGAUUUCAGCUCAAACUAACAAGAAUUAAAGGGAAAUUAUUCUGAUGAAAUAAUUGGCGAUUGUUAAUCUAAAAUAAAUUUUAAAUUAAAUUUAAAUAUCUAACAAAAAAAUUCUCUGAAUAAAAAGUUGGUAAGUUAAAGUAAACUAUCAGAAACAAUUCUCUCUUCACAGAGAUUACUAAGAUAAACCAUAAGUGAAAGGCUGAAAAAUUUAUCUUAAAGUAAUUUUGAAAAUAUAAUCAAUGAAAAAAUGAAUUCUAAAUAAAUAAAGAAAGAAUCGUUUGAAACGUUUUAUGGUUAUGUAUAAUUUAAAUUUGGAAAAGAUUAAAAAAAUAAAAUGCUUAGUGAUCUUGAAAAAUAGAAAUUUACUGAGUUCUUAAAAUUUAUAGCGAAUAAAAAAUAAUAAGAUGAAGAUUUGAUACCUAAGGAUAAGCCUAUUUCAUAAAUAAUGCCUGAAUUUAAGUUGGAUCAAAUGAAAUUUUAGCCAAAGGCUACUGCUUAUAAUCUAGAAAAUACUAAUUUACAAGAAAUGUGUGAGGAAAGUUUCAAAGAAAAAGAAAAUGAUUCGCAUAAUUUAGAAUAGUAUGAAGAUAAUUAUUUUGUUAAACAAUUUGAGAAUUUUAAAGCUGAUUUAAAGGUCUAUCGAGAGUACAAGAAAGAUGCUUAAGUUAAAGAUUUAUCGUGCAGAAAACGCGAUCUAUGGUAUGAAACAUGGAUUAAAAAAAUAGAAUAAAAGUUUACAAACCAUGUUUAAUUUAAAUAAGAUGUGAAAAGAGUUUAAUUAGACUCAAGUUAAGAUAUAAAAUAAGUAAAGAAAAAUAGUAUUAAAUCAAAUCUUCUUAAAGCUUUAAUGAAACUAAUUAAGCUUAAUCUAAGUUUGACUGAAGUUUGUGAAAAUAAAUUGUUUUAAGAAGGAAAAAUUACAAGAAAAUAUUGUCAUGCAUUCUUUGAAGCUAUAAAACAAAAUGAUAGAGUACAAAUAGAAUUGCUAUUGAUCUCAGAUAAAUAUUUAGUUUAUUCUACUGACUAUCUUUAGUAAACUCCACUCCACUGGGCUGCUAAAAGAGGGAACACAGAGUUGUUGAUCAAUUUAAUAAAAUUAUAAGCGGAUGUAGAAGCUUAAGAUGUAUUCGGAAGGACACCUUUGUAUUAUGCUUAUAGAGAAGGUUAUAAAGAUAUAGCAGUGAUUUUAAUGAAAAACAAGGCAUGUCCUUUUUCAAACAAACAAAAUGAUAUUUCAAAAUACGCCAACAACAUUUCAAACCUAAGCAUCCACAAAUUUUAUAGAAUAUCUAAAAAGAUGCACAUUAUGAUUAUGUUAAGUACUCCAAAAUUAAGAAUAGAAUUAUGGAAGGAUUUUUAAAAUGUGAUCAACGAUAUACAUUGA